AUGAAGUACUGGAAGCAUUUCAAGUCUAUGUUGAAAAAGAUUGGAGUCUUAUCUGUGGUAGUAGAGAAACAAAAACUAGCACAUGGUAAACCUCGAUGCUCAUCUAGAUUGUCCUUGGAAAGUUUAGAUAACCUGGAGUAUAUCGAGGCAUCCACAAAAAAAGAAGACCAUCUUGCGGGAUUGUCUGGGUCUGACCGGCCUGUAGGGGCACUUUGGGCGGAUGAUACGCCUAUUUCGAUAGUGUUUCAACGAAUAGAGCAAGCAUUUUAUACUGAUGCGGAAAGAAUAGAGUGCUUUAAAAAGCAUGCUUCACCUGAUAUUAUCAAAUGGUGGAUUGGCCUUUGUAUUAAGCCUAGUAGCUGGGAGAGCUUUAAAACCUGGCUGACUGAGGAUCUUGAUAGUCUGCAAGAGAUUCGGGCUAAACAAAAGGCCGACUUGAAACCGGAAGACUCUAAUCAAGGCUUUGCUGAGCGCCAACGCUAUCUUUGA